AUGGCCGCUUUAUCUCAUUUCGAUACCCCGAUCUAUCUUCUCAAUACUAUGGAAUACGCUGCUAUGCACUACUCUUCCAUCUUACCCAUGAAUGACCAGGUGCGGAAUCUAUCCCUCCAUGCCCUUGAAACCGAGGAUUCGCUUUCAAAAGUUCAAGCGCUCAUUAUUCUUUCGAUUCUGGCGCAUUCGACAGGCGAAGCGAGGUUGUCAAGAGAACUUCUGGAGGAAGCUGCACGCUCAUCCUUUCAGAUUCAUCUUGACAAGAAAGAGUUUUCCAAUGCGAUCCAGGGGGCCAGAAGAAAUACAGUCCAAGAGAGCGCUCGACGGACAUGGUGGCAGCUUUUUGUCUUGGAUACACUUCUUGCCAGUCUCCAAACAGGAGGGGUUCUCGUCAUCAAAAACAACCAUCCCGAGGUUCUGCUGCCUGGGGAAGACGACAUAUUUACCGACAUGUCAGGCGGUUUAGCGAACGACUCGAUUCAAGAUCUCAAGGACCGCUUUCUAUUCGGCCAAGAACGCACUUACUCUUCAUUCACCUACCUUGUUGAGGCUUGUCUGAUCCUUCGAGAUACCUUGACCCAGGUGCGCAGUCCUGACAGAGUGAGCCCAGGCGCGCACCAGGCGGUGGACUCCAGACUAGCCUUGUGGUUCAACUCACUACCGGCGGAGAAGCGAGAAGUUGUACGUUACGAUGGGAGUACCGAUGAAACCAUGUUUCUGGCGCAUCUAGUUGCCCAUUGUGCUGGGAUCUACCUGAACUUGCCCUACUCUCGCCUGACGUCGCCCAUGACUCACGUGCUACGCCUUGUCUGCAGGGCUCCAGGGCCUGACACUACAUCACCGCCAGGGACCCUUCAUACCUUCAAGCUUCUCCAUGCAGCUAGGGGGAUAACGGAGUUGGCUGGCCUCCCAGUGCCUGUCCUUGCGCACACUCCCUUCUUUAUUUGUUUUGUGGUUCUUAGCUCUGUAGUUCAUGUAGGAGCUUGCUUCGCACUGGAAGCCUCCAUCAAGGAGAGUCAUCGACACCAUCUGACGUUGAAUUUGAGUGUCUUGGACAAGAUGGCAAGUGUGUGGGUACUGGCGUCGCUUUCCAAAGAUAACAUUAGGCAAGCGGCACAGGAUGUCUUGAGUGUUCGGCAAUCGAUGGAUUCCAUUCUAGAUGUUACCGAGAUAUAA